AUUCAGAUGGUCUUAUUUCCAGUUUCGCUCUACUGCUCGGCUCAGGAGGUUUUUUUUGUUCUAGAUAGAGAGAGGCUCUAUUUGAUUUUAGAGAGAGAGAGGCUCUAUUUGAUUUGAGAGAGAUAGAGAAAGAGAGAUAGGCUCUGUUUGAUUUUGGAGAAGGACCGUCAUUUACUAUCUUCCCCGCCAUUAACCUUGAGAAAACCGGUCUCUAGAGUUCAAACAGAAAAUUUCUUAUAAAUGAAUCAUUAUUUCCAUGGAAUGACUUUUGGAGCUUUGAUGAUUCAGCUGCGGUGGAUUUUUAUUGAGGCCAACUCUUCUGAUGGCUCAUCCGGGAAAUACCGCUGCUGGGGUUGAUAAUACUCAUAGAAGAAAAUGGGACCGAGAGGAGUAUUUGCAACGUGCUCGUGAGCGAGAAGAGCAGGAGGAAGAGGGGCGCUUGAAGUCCAAAGCAAGAGUGACCCCAGUGCAAAGGAAACCUUUGAAGCAUAGAGAUUAUGAAGUUGAUCUUGUCUCUCGAUUGGGGAAAACCCAGGUUGUCACUCCCAUAGCGCCCUUAAGCCAGCAGGCUGGCUACUAUUGUGGUGUUUGUGAAUGCGUCGUUAAGGAUUCUGCAAACUACUUGGAUCACAUAAAUGGGAAAAAACAUCAAAGAGCUUUGGGAAUGUCAAUGCGAGUAGAGAGGGCAUCUCUUCAACAGGUCCAAGAUCGUUUUGAAAUUCUCAAGAAACGAAAAGUGGCUGGCAGCUUUACCGAGCAAGAUUUGGAUGAUAGGAUAUUGAAACAGCAAGAAGAGGAAGAAGAGAGGAGGCGGCAACGCCGGGAAAGAAAGAAGGAAAAAAAGAAGGAAAAGGCGGUAGAAGAUGAUGUUGAGGAAGGGGACACAGAUAUGGCAGCCAUGAUGGGUUUUGGUGGCUUUAGGUCUUCCAAGAAAACUUGAAAAAUAAUUUUUUUAUAAUGAAUGUGGUCACAAAAUCAUCGUUUAUGCUUUGUAACAUUCAUAAAUCAUAGUUUCCGUUUUCAAUUUUAGGAUCUCAUCUCUUCA